AACGUGGAUUAUCGGCGUGCCUGUCGAAGGAUGUCGAAGCUGAUUUGUCACUUCCGUACUUCGGGCACGGAUUGAUCGAAAAAGGGAAAUUCGGAGAAACUGGAGCCGAAGGCAAUCGAGGGCGGAUUUCUGCGCGGCCAUGACCAAGUACGGCUUCGCCAGACUGGCUCUAUGGCGGCCGAGGCGAUCCAUGACCUCUCAACCGUCGAACAACCAGGAAAACAACCCUCUAAUGUUGAUCCGCGCCACCGUCAUCACCUUUUUUGUUUUCGCCGUGCGCCUUUCUUUAGCACAUUUUUAUCCGUCCCGCCAAUCAGCGCUUCGUGUUCCUGGCUUUGUAUGUGCUCGACGUUGGAAAAAAGGCGAGCUUGAAGCUCAUGCGACAGCGACACGACAAAAGGAGGGCGAGGGCGGCGGUGGCGGCGGCGGCGGCGGUGGCGGUCGUUCUGUGACCGGCUCCGGUGGCGGUGGUGGAGGCGGCGGCGGUCGUCGGGCACCAAGCCUACGGCUGGUGAACGGAAGAGCGACCACGGGAGUGAGUUUGCACACCAGCAGCACCGAAUCCGUGCGCUCUCCCCAUCACCAGCAAGUCGGCAACAACAACUGCCACGCCGGUAACAACCCCGCCGCGAACAAUCAUCCACGGCUCAACAAAGAUGACAGCAUCAAGAUCAGCAUCGAGAACACCAACACAUGCACGGACAGUCUCGUCACUGCUUUAGACGACGAGACCCUGCUCAUCACCGAUUUCCUGGGCGACACAGAUGUACACGAGUGCAAUUGUCACAGUGUGGUGUUUGCGGUGAAAUGUCAUAAAUCAUUGAUAGGAUCUGUGACACGUGCUUAUACAUGUGUAAUAUAUGUGUAA